UUAAACAUAUUACUAGGGAUAUAGCAUGAAUGAAAUAUCCGCCCAUAUCUGGGAUCCAGAGGAUUUCAUCCAUCGAAAUGGAGAUUUGUUCUAUUCAAAAUUUGGAAAUCCUGGGGUGGCAUUGUUUGAAUUUGCAGCCUUUUGGAUUGACCCAUUCAUGUCAGAACAGAAGAGAGAAUCAAAACUUGCCAAUGAAGUAAUGCCUGAAUUGGACGCGUUCCUUGAACCAUUUGUCAAGCACUAUCCAUUUGCAGCGAAGCCCCUUACAGUGCUCUUGCAAAGUCAUGAGAAUGAAUGGGACGAAGUUGUACAUCCAUAUCUUUAUGGAUCUCAAGAAUGUCCUGAAUCAGUUGAUCAUGAACUUCUUCGAGGGUUAAUAUGGGAAUUUCUGGGCCGUUACCCAGACUUGUACAUUUGGAUAGGGGACCAAGAAUAUCAAGUAUGUCAAGUAUAUGACAAGCUUCCGAAAUGGAUGAACCUGACACGAACUUUUAAUCGAGUUUGGGUCAAUAAAAAGAGAAUUAUAGCCAUUCCUCCUGAUAGACCAAAUAUUGGACAACCAGGAUUACCAUUAGAAAUUGCAAUUUCUACAUUAUGGACAAAAUUAUAUAGCUGUCCGCAAGUACCAAUUCUUACGAAAUUUUUCAAUGAUACUGGUGGAUUAAAAUGUAUUAAGAACCAUCUUGAAAGGAUCAUUAAUGUUGAGGUUGUCUUGAGCGCACAGGUGGCGCAAUUACUAUCACACUUCCCAUAUUUGAUAGUUGAAUCAUAUAUGGCCGGUGUUGGUAAUCAUAGGCCAAUAGAAUCUACCUUACUGUUUGGGAAGAAGCGUAAGAAAGUUAGCACUAGUGAAUCAGAAAAGAUUAUAAGAGAAUGGAAAGAAACUAACACUGCAGUGUAUACCAUUGGUGUCCCUGAUUGGAUUGCUGGCUUGUUAGAAGAUGAACCUAGUAAGCAAAUGAAUGAAACCAUAUAUGUCGGUUUAGAAGUUCUUGCAAGAGAAGAUGAAUUUUUGAAAAAUUCAUUGAAAGUGCAACCUAAUUCUUCAUUUGAGUUUAAGAAAUAUGACUGUCUUUCAAGACAUGUACUUGAGAAGAUACUUAUAAAAAAGAAGCAAUUAAGUGGUCAUACCAAAGAAAUUAAGUUUGUUCCUCCACCCGCGGGGGGAGUUGAUCUUGCCGAAGAGGAAUUAAUGAGAACGAUGGGUUCAAUUUUUGCAAACAAACAAGAACUUGAAGAAUACUUGACUAGAGAUCAAGACGAUUACGAACAAGAUGAUGAAGAUGUAGACGAAGAUGAACUUGAUGAAGAAGUGAAAAAAUCCUUAGAAGGAUCUGGAAUCAGUAAGGAUGAUUUCUUUGAAUUCUUCUUGAAGAAUGCAUUAAAUAUGAACGAUGAAGAAGUUGAAGUGUAUAGAACAGAUCGAACUAGUCAGCCAACUAGUAAGUCUCCUCCUCCUACACCUCCCCCAACAAGGAAAAGAAAGGAAUAUAAUGACGAUAGUGACUAUACUAGCGAUGAAGAUGAGUUUCCUGUUCAAUAUAAUGAGUAUAAUGAUUAUGGUCUCCGUGAUGAUUCUGAUGACGAGUUUUACGAAGGUUAUGAAGACGAGUAUGUUGAUUACAGUCGAUAUGUCCCAUUUUAUCGUAAUUACGUUGAUGAUAAUGACAAUUACUAUAAAGAUGAUUACGAUGAUGAUAGUGAAGACGUCGAUGCAUUGGUGAGAUCGCUAGCGAAUCUCAGAUAAAUUAGUUAUAGGUAGCAAUAGAUGAAAUAAAUAUAUGAACAUGGUUCCCAUUGCAAA